AGUUCGCUCCUCGCCGGGGCUCAGACACACAGCCAGCCCAGAGCCGCCACGCCGGCCCGGCCGCCGCCGCCACCGCCUCAGCCUCCCCCGAAGCCGCUCUAGCCGCGGGAAGCGCCGCUGCCACCGCCGCGGGCCGCCCCCGCCGCGCCGGCCUGGGCUCAAGCUGCCAGCACCGCCGCAGCCGCCACCGGAGCCGGAGCGGGAGCCCGACCGCGCUGGGCUGGGCUGGGCUGGGCUGGGGCGGGCGCAGGGCGCAGGGGCGGGCACGCGGGGGAAGACGCACGGGCGGGCUCGGCUCUCCCGGGGAGCGGCCCGGGACUGCACCGGGACCAGCGCCUCCCCGCUUCGCGCUGCCCUCGGCCUCGCCCCGGGCCCGGGCGGAUGAGCCGCGCGCCCGGGGGACAUGGAAGCGCUGACGCUGUGGCUUCUCCCCUGGAUAUGCCAGUGCGUGUCGGUGCGGGCCGACUCCAUCAUCCACAUCGGUGCCAUCUUCGAGGAGAACGCGGCCAAGGACGACAGGGUGUUCCAGUUGGCGGUAUCCGACCUGAGCCUCAACGAUGACAUCCUGCAGAGCGAGAAGAUCACCUACUCCAUCAAGGUCAUCGAGGCCAACAACCCGUUCCAAGCUGUGCAGGAAGCCUGUGAUCUCAUGACCCAGGGGAUUUUGGCCUUGGUCACGUCCACUGGCUGUGCAUCUGCCAACGCCCUGCAGUCCCUCACGGAUGCCAUGCACAUCCCACACCUCUUUGUCCAGCGCAACCCGGGAGGGUCGCCACGCACCGCCUGCCACCUGAACCCCAGCCCCGAUGGUGAGGCCUACACACUGGCUUCGAGACCACCCGUCCGCCUCAACGAUGUCAUGCUCAGGCUGGUGAUGGAGCUGCGCUGGCAGAAGUUUGUCAUGUUCUACGACAGCGAGUAUGAUAUCCGUGGGCUUCAAAGCUUUCUGGACCAGGCCUCGCGGCUGGGCCUUGACGUCUCUUUACAAAAGGUGGACAAGAACAUUAGCCACGUAUUCACCAGCCUCUUCACCACGAUGAAGACAGAGGAGCUGAAUCGCUACCGGGACACGCUUCGCCGUGCCAUCCUGCUGCUCAGCCCACAGGGAGCCCACUCCUUCAUCAACGAGGCCGUGGAGACCAACCUGGCUUCCAAGGACAGCCACUGGGUCUUUGUGAAUGAGGAAAUCAGUGACCCGGAGAUCCUGGAUCUGGUCCAUAGUGCCCUUGGAAGGAUGACCGUGGUCCGGCAAAUCUUUCCGUCUGCAAAAGACAAUCAGAAAUGCAUGAGGAACAACCACCGCAUCUCCUCCCUGCUCUGUGACCCCCAGGAAGGCUACCUCCAGAUGCUGCAGAUCUCCAACCUCUAUCUGUAUGACAGUGUUCUGAUGCUGGCCAACGCCUUUCACAGGAAGCUGGAGGACCGGAAGUGGCAUAGCAUGGCGAGCCUCAACUGCAUACGGAAGUCCACUAAGCCGUGGAAUGGUGGGAGGUCCAUGCUGGAUACCAUCAAAAAGGGCCACAUCACUGGUCUCACUGGGGUGAUGGAGUUUCGGGAGGACAGUUCGAAUCCCUAUGUCCAGUUUGAAAUCCUUGGCACUACCUAUAGUGAGACUUUUGGCAAAGACAUGCGCAAGUUGGCGACAUGGGACUCAGAGAAGGGCUUGAAUGGCAGCUUGCAAGAGAGGCCCAUGGGCAGCCGCCUCCAAGGAUUGACUCUCAAAGUGGUGACUGUCUUGGAAGAGCCUUUCGUGAUGGUAGCUGAGAACAUCCUAGGACAGCCCAAGCGCUACAAAGGGUUCUCCAUAGAUGUCCUGGAUGCACUGGCCAAGGCUCUGGGAUUCAAAUAUGAGAUUUACCAAGCCCCUGACGGCAGGUAUGGUCACCAGCUCCAUAAUACCUCCUGGAACGGGAUGAUCGGGGAGCUCAUCAGCAAGAGAGCAGACUUGGCCAUCUCUGCCAUCACCAUCACCCCAGAGAGGGAGAGCGUUGUGGACUUCAGCAAGCGGUACAUGGACUAUUCAGUGGGGAUUCUAAUUAAGAAGCCAGAGGAGAAAAUCAGCAUCUUCUCCCUCUUUGCUCCAUUUGAUUUUGCUGUGUGGGCCUGCAUUGCAGCAGCCAUCCCUGUGGUUGGUGUGCUGAUAUUUGUGUUGAACAGGAUACAGGCUGUGAGGGCUCAGAGUGCUGCCCAGCCCAGGCCGUCAGCUUCUGCCACUCUGCACAGCGCCAUCUGGAUUGUCUAUGGAGCCUUCGUACAGCAAGGUGGCGAAUCUUCCGUGAACUCCGUGGCCAUGCGCAUCGUGAUGGGCAGCUGGUGGCUCUUCACGCUCAUUGUGUGCUCCUCCUACACAGCCAACCUUGCUGCCUUCCUCACAGUGUCCAGGAUGGACAACCCCAUAAGGACUUUCCAGGACCUGUCCAAACAAGUGGAAAUGUCUUAUGGCACCGUCCGGGAUUCUGCUGUAUAUGAGUACUUCCGAGCCAAGGGCACCAACCCCCUGGAGCAGGACAGCACGUUUGCUGAACUGUGGCGGACCAUCAGCAAGAAUGGAGGGGCUGACAACUGCGUGUCCAGUCCUUCAGAAGGCAUCAGGAAGGCAAAGAAGGGGAACUACGCCUUCCUGUGGGAUGUGGCCGUGGUGGAAUACGCAGCCCUGACGGACGACGACUGCUCGGUGACUGUCAUCGGCAACAGCAUCAGCAGCAAGGGUUAUGGGAUCGCCCUGCAGCAUGGCAGCCCCUACAGGGACCUCUUCUCCCAGAGGAUCCUGGAGCUGCAGGACACAGGGGACCUGGAUGUGCUGAAGCAGAAGUGGUGGCCGCACAUGGGCCGCUGUGACCUCACCAGCCAUGCCAGCGCCCAGGCUGACGGCAAAUCCCUCAAGCUGCACAGCUUCGCCGGAGUCUUCUGCAUCCUGGCCAUUGGCCUGCUCCUGGCCUGCCUGGUGGCUGCCCUGGAGUUGUGGUGGAACAGCAACCGGUGCCACCAGGAGACCCCCAAGGAGGACAAAGAAGUGAACUUGGAGCAGGUCCACCGGCGCAUGAACAGCCUCAUGGAUGAAGACAUUGCUCACAAGCAGAUUUCCCCAGCGUCGAUUGAGCUCUCGGCCCUGGAGAUGGGGGGCCUGGCUCCCACCCAGACCUUGGAGCCGACUCGGGAGUACCAGAACACCCAGCUCUCGGUCAGCACCUUUCUGCCAGAGCAGAGCAGCCAUGGCACCAGCCGGACACUCUCAUCAGGGCCCAGCAGCAACCUGCCGCUGCCGCUGAGCAGCUCGGCCACCAUGCCCUCCAUGCAGUGCAAACACAGGUCACCCAAUGGGGGGCUGUUCCGGCAAAGCCCGGUGAAGACCCCCAUCCCCAUGUCCUUCCAGCCCGUGCCUGGAGGCGUCCUUCCAGAGGCUCUGGACACCUCCCAUGGGACCUCCAUCUGACCGCGCCGCCUGCCCUCCAGCCCACCCUCCCACCCACCCGACCAGCAGAGCUUUUUAAUACAAGAAAACAACAACACAAACCACACACACUCACACACACACACACACACACACAGAGACUCUUUCAUUUUUCUUGUACAUAUGUGUAAAUAAUGACAGAAUGGAGUGGGGUAAAAGUGUAUUUUGAAUAUUCCCAAUUUUCGAAGUCAGUAAAAAAACACAAAAACUGUAUGAAUGACUUUGUAAAUUUUGUUCUAUAUGAAUAAAAAGGCAAAUUACUUGUGAUCAUUCUGAAGUGCCAAA